AUUUUCAAGCGUGUGUCGUGCCAUAUAGGUUUUUCCAAAAGUGCAUUGAGCUGUUGAAUAAUGAGAUAACACCGUCAGAUGCAUACCAUCGUCUUCUUUCUUUCGUAUGCUGGUCGAUCGAAAGACAAGGUUGGAGCAACUUAACCUCAAUGUUGGUGUGCUCAUCAUGUGCAACCCCAGCUUCAUUCAUCUGUACAUGUCACCUUGCUCCUAGCUAGCUAACCGUUCGAUGAUGAGAAUAUAUAAAGAGUAGUAGGUUGGUGAGAAGAACGCAGCUCAUUUGGGCUACCGAGAAAUGGUCACAUUGGAUGGACUAGCCACGUGCCACUCUUUCUCCAUUGCACUGUUGCCCUCCUUCUAUUUUUCCUCACGGUUGACCAGAGAGCCACACAGUGCCAAGAGCUCCAGGACGCCGUCCUUCGCUACAUAUAUUCCCCAUGCAUCCCCGUACAAAGCCUUGCCUGCCUCUUUGCUGUCCGUCAGCCUGUCCCCCUCACAUCUUCCGUGUCCACUUCUACUUGCUUCCGUAAUCCAGUAUUUUACUACGUACCGAUCCGUCCAUCGUUCGCCGCCGUCUCCUUUGCACCGAUCGAUCCCAUGGCCGCCGCGAGCUUCGACGCUGCCGCCGAUGUCACGCGGCGCGGCGGGACCGGCCGGGCCCUCGGCGUGCACGCCGCGUCGCACAAGAUCGGCAAGCCGCCGCCGGGCGCCGGGCACGGGCAACAGGAGCGGAAGCCGGUCAUCAUCUACAUGGUGUCCCCCAAGGUCAUCCACGUCGACGCCCACGAGUUCAUGCCGCUCGUGCAGCGGCUCACUGGCCCCGAAGCCGGCCGCGGCGACAGGAAGAGCAGGCCGUCGACCUCCGGAGUAGGAGGCGCUGGCGAGGCGGAGCCUUCGGAAGGCGCGCGCAACAAGACCAGGGCGGCGCCGCCGGUGCGCGUGAAGGCGCGCGCCCUGAACCGGCCGGCCGUGUCCGUGACGACCACGCGGCGGCAGCAGGCGGCGGCCGACGCGUCGCCGCCGUCGGGGCUGAUGUUGUUCCAGGACCUCAGCCCGCUCCGCGGCGCCGCGCUCAAGGGCGAGCACCUCCCUCUGGUCUCCCCCGCCUGGCUGCACCACGUUGGCGACCAUUUCCUCAGCCCUGCUGGCGCUGCGGCCGCGCUCGGCUCGCCGUCCCCCAGCUUCGUCGACGACAUCUUCGGGACGCUGUCCUCGCAGCAGCAGUGAUCAGAUCAAACCGGUGAGCGGUGCCAUGGCAUGGCAUAUGCAUGCUGCUCACACUUGGCCACUCAGCAUGCGCUAAGGUUUCUUGCACGCAUGCAGCGCCGUACGUGUUUGCGGCAUGCUAGCUUGAUGCAUGGCAUUGACAGGAGGACAGAUCAUCUUGCUUGAGUUUGGUUAGGCCGCAGUUCAGGAGCUGUAUAUAGUAGUGUAGGUUUUUCACCAGUUUCCCCAAGCUGGCUUUCAUCAGAUGCAAUCACUUCACAGCAUCGAUCAGGUGAAACAAUGAUUCAACACGCCUUGCACACUCACCUAGAGAUGAAGAGAUGGGAUUGGAAACGAGGGGACGGACGAAGGGGAUAAGGUCAUGGAGUUCUCUGAUCUCUUGCACAGUUCGUGUUUAUUUUCAGAUCAACUCCAUUAGUAGUUGGUGUGAUGUGUGUUUCUUAUGCAAAGGAUUUGUUUUGAUUUUUGUGCAGUGAUAGUUGUACAAUAAUAAUGUAUAUCUAGAUACAAUACCAUUUGGUACACCACUCAUUGUAUUGAUCUAUUUAUUGAUUCGUUUUUAGUGGCGUGCAAGUUAAUCAACUCAUCCUACUACACUGCAGCUGGUGUGUCUACCGUGAUAUAUACAACAUUUGUUUACUUUA